UCUGCACCCAGGUAUGGACUUGUCAGCCAAUCAGGAUGAGGAAGGCGACCAGGAGGUUUUCCAGGUGGAGAUUUGUCGCGAAAACAGAAAGUGUGCGUUCCGGACUGCUGCUGGGAAAUACUGGACCCUGACUAAUAAUGGUGGCCUGCAGUGCACCGCCUCCACCAAGUCGGCUAAUUGCUACUUUGACAUUGAGUGGCGUGGGAAGAGGCUGACUCUCCGUGCCGCCAACGGGAAAUAUGUCGCCGCCAAGAAGAACGGCCAGCUCGCAGCCACCAUCGACUCAGCGGGUGAGACUGAGGAGUUCCUCAUGAAGCUGAUUAACCGUCCGAUCAUCGUGCUGCGCGGCGAGCACGGCUUCAUCGGCUGCAGGAAGGUGACGGGGACGCUGGACUCCAACCGCUCCUCCUACGACUACUUCACUCUGGAGUUCAGAGACGGCGCCUACAGUCUGCAAGACACCACGGGUAAAUACUGGAUGAUCGGGAACGAGCAGUCGGUGGUGAGCAGCAGCGACACGCCCGUCGACUUCCUCUUCGAGUUCUGCGACUACAACAAGCUGGCUGUCCGCCACGCCGCCGAUGGCAAGUACCUCCGCGGUGACCACGCCGGGGUGCUGAAGGCCAACGCUGACAGCCUGGAGACCGCCACGCUGUGGGAGUACUGAGGGGGAGUUGGGGGAAACCACGGCAACCGGAUACGGUUGCCCACUGCUGCGAUGCUGAUGAUUGAAUGAAGUGUAGCGACCCAGCAUGACAGCACUACCUGUCCAUACAUCUACCUAUCCACACCUUCUCUCACUCCCUCCAUCAUAUCCUUUACUUUUGACCUUAUGUUGAUAAACUGCACAGGGAGAACAGGAAGGAUAGAAGGAGGAGACAAGAAGAGAAGGAGAAGGAGACGCCUCUCUCUCUCUCCCUUUCCUUCCUUUUAUCCUCCCUCCCUUUCCCAGCUCUGCUCUGCAGUGCCGACCUUUAUCUGUUGCCAUAGUUACCGAGGAGCUGUGCACUUUUUCUGCUCCAAUCUGGUUCGCUGCUCGACCUGCCACUCACUCCCUCCCUCCUUCGCCUUGCGAUUGGGCCGUCCCUCCCCCCAGAGCAGAGCAGAGCCACGUUUAAAGAGCCCCCUCCCCUCGCCUCCCCCCUCUCCUCCCCUCGUCUUUCUACCUGUUAUCGGUGUGAGCAGCAUGGUGGCAGUAUUUAUGGUGUCCGACCUGGUCUGGUCCGGGCAGAUCCACUUCUACCUGAUCCAAUCUCCCACAAAAGACUUGCUCGUGGAUCGAAUCUGCUCUCGUGAGGCUACAUCCACACUUCUACGUUUCAGUUUGAAAAUGCUGCUGGUCCCGUUUUUAGUUCGAAAACUCCAGCGCUGCAUUUGAGUCGGGCAGAAACAGAAGUUGGGAGAAAUGUAGUCGUGUGGAUGAAGCCUCAGCUGCAGAAAGAGAAAGUGGGUGAGUUUUUGUUUUGAUUGGUUCAUGUGGAAACUGAUUUUCUGCCUCCACCAGACCGAGCCGAGUAUGUUUUGUUUUCAUGAGCGGGCCUCGUGGCCUCUGUGUGAUAUAACUGGAGUGGAUCUUAUAACGAUAAAGAUAUGGAACACAAUGUUACUGACGGGUGUAAAGCCCCUCGUCUCCUCAUCUCAAGUGUAAAAUAUUGAAAUGUAAACCAGUUUCCUGUGGUGUACUCCUGCUCUGUGGUUGGCGGAGGCGUCUCGUUUCCUGAACCAAACAGGAUGUAGGAAGUUAAAACACUUAUCCUCCCUUUCCCCUCCCUCCACAAGCCCCAACCCAUUGUCCCCAGAACUGUAUAAAGAAAAUUAAAAAAAAAUAAAUAAUAAAAACGGUGCGGCCACGUAUGUUCACUGCACUCACAGGUGGAAAACACAAUUGGAUAAAUUUCUUUUUUUCUAUGUCCAAGGCACAGACAUUAUCAUGGGUAGGAGUACAGUCGGUGGCCAUAGCAACGGGAGUGAAAUGAUUUAUAGAUCCUUUUAAAAGCUGCUCUUUGAAUCCCUCAACCAAACCUGAACCUCAGCCUUUAUCCACACCAAGCCUCUCAUAACUGGAUUAACAAGCCGUCAUCUCACACACGACCCACGUAACUGGAAACUGGUGCUACUAACAUGUCGAGAAGCGUCAUCUCACACACCUGAGAGCCUUGCCACAAAAACCAAAAGGGCUGCGAGAGUGCCCGUAACAAAUAAACGACCUAAACCUGCUUUUUCUUUGUUUUUUAAUUUCUGUCCGAGCUUUGAGCGGUGUCACGACGCCACAUCUUUAUUUUUGUUAGAUGUUUUAUGUUUCUGACUCGUCGGUGCAGGUGGAGAAGGGAUGUUAUGCAGUCGUGUAGCACAUUGCACCCAUGGGUCCUGCCCUCCAUGAUUCUCAACCCUUUUUCGGCCUAUUUUCUCCAUGAUGCGUAAAGCAGCAGUGGGUUUUUCCUCAUUUUUCUUUUCUUUUUUUUUUACAGUACAGUGAAGUUUACCUUGGCACUAAGCUCAGAGUUAUUGGGCUCUUCAUCAUAAAACAUUCCUCUGAUGUGGAAAAUCAGUACAGGAAAAAAAAACAAUCACUGCAGGACCAUGACACGUUAUUGUAGCCGACUCUGAACCAAGUCCAUCCCGUCUUCUUUCUGAAGUUUUCACCGUUUUUGCGAGAAGGGCUGAGAAUCUUAAGCGAAUAAGAGGACUGGUUAUCCUCGGAGAAACCAGCGUCUCCAGGGUAACCGGGACCAAUGCUUAGACAAACGGAUGUGGGAGGGUAAACAUGUGGUAAUGACUGUGCCUUACUCUUGAGUUUUUGGGCUGUAGUUUAAA